AUGAAUUUUAAAAAAGAAAAUGGAAUAUUAUUGAAAUUGUCGAGUGAGGAAUCACCAAGUCUUCAGAGAAUUAAUGCAGAUUUAUCAAAAGAGGAAGUUGAGAAAGGAGAAACAGGAAAAAUAAUGUAUGCUAUUAGUUCAGGAAGCUCGAGAAGUAUGGAAAGAUUAGGAGAUGAAUCAGCAGAUUAUGAUAAAAAGAGACCCUACUAUUACAAUGAUUUGUUGGAUGGGAUUCCAGAGAGUCUUCAAAGUAUCGAAGAGGAUUUGCCACAAACCAGAAAAGAAAGCUCUAGACCAAAUCUCUGCAAUCAGGCAUAUUCGGAAAGUCUAAAAGAGAAGAAACUGAUGAUGCCAAUAACGAAAAGAACACCGCGUCCUUUCUGUUACGACGAAUUUUUGGAUGGUGUGACGGAAAGUCUUAUAAGCUUAGCCGAACUGAAAGCUAAUGAAAUAAAGGUGACUGCGACGAGCGAUUCUGAAUGCCCAUUGACAAAACUGCCAUCUCACAUGCAGAAAGUAUCCAACGAUCAUGGAGUCAAGAAAGCAGAAAAUAUUGCUGAAAACGAAUCGGAGGAGAGCGGAAUAAACAUGGUUCAAGGAAUGCAGAUAAAAGUGUCCAAUGGAAAUAUUUGGGAGAAUGCAUUAAGCGCUCAGAAACUUGUGUGUGGUGAAAAUGUGAUGGAUUUCACAUCCAACUAUAUUUUUUCCAAGAAAAGUCUGGAAAGGGCGAUGAAACUAGAACAUAAAUUUUUAUGGAAACAACAACAACACAUCUCCGAUUUUUGCCAAAGUGAAGCAGUGGAUAAAGGAAAGAAUCGGUCGCCGAAUGUAGUAAACUUUAAUGAAGGUGCUGUACGUCUGCUUCCAACAAUAAUGAAUGACUCUCGAUAUAUCCAUGCGUCGCAAAUUAACAUCUCCUACGGCAAUUUUAUCAUCACGCAGGGUCCAACGAAACAAUCGCUGAUCGAUUUCUUCCGGAUGCUGUGGCAGUGUCACGUAUUAUUAGUGAUUUGUCUCGAACCACUUACCGAUCAAAGGACUUGCUAUCCAUAUUUCAGCUUUAAAAAACAACAAGUAGUUAAGGCGAGGGAAAGGAUUUCUCUAGAGACCCGAGAAGUUAUUGAGACGCCAGUGGCAAAUUUAUUUGUGUACGAAGCUAUACUUACGAACAUGGAAAUCAAAGAUGGCGGUAAGUAA